AUGUCGUCCACCAAGCCCUCCGGAAAGACCCAGCGUUCGGCCAUCGCCGACGUUGUGGCUCGCGAGUACACCAUCCACCUCCACAAGCGCCUCCACGGCGUGACCUUCAAGAAGCGGGCUCCCAAGGCGAUCAAGGAGAUCAAGGAGUUUGCCUACAAGGCCAUGGGCACCACCGAUGUCCGCCUCGACCCCCAGCUGAACAAGAAGGUCUGGGAGCAGGGUGUCAAGGGCGUUCCUUACAGACUCCGCGUCCGCAUCUCCCGGAAACGUAACGACGAGGAGGGCGCCAAGGAGAAGCUUUACAGCUACGUCCAGGCCGUCAACGUCACGAACCCCAAGGGCCUCCACACCGUCGUUGUUGAGGAGUAA